ACAUUUACGAGGCCCAAGUCUUGAAUCUAAAUAGUAAAUACAGCCCAAUCGAAAACAAAACCCUGACUCGCCUCUUUCACCACCACCGUCAAGUCGAAGUGUUCAUCUUCUCUGCACUCUCCUCUGAACUCAGCAACAAUGGUUGCCGCCAAGAAAACCAAGAAGACUCAUGAGAGCAUUAACAACAGGCUCGCUCUUGUGAUGAAGAGUGGCAAAUUCACUCUCGGCUACAAAACCGUUCUCAAAUCCCUAAGGAGCUCCAAAGGGAAACUGAUUAUCAUUGCUAACAACUGUCCCCCUUUGAGAAAGUCAGAGAUAGAGUAUUAUGCCAUGUUGGCAAAGGUUGGAGUUCAUCAUUACAAUGGGAAUAAUGUUGAUCUGGGCACUGCUUGCGGCAAAUACUACAGAGUGUGCUGCCUCAGCAUUAUCGAUCCUGGUGACUCAGAUAUCAUUAAAACACUGCCUGGUGACCAGUAAAGCGGUCUUGAAGCUUGAUAUUUUUGUGUUACCAGUUUAUUUUAGACAUUUGUGAAAGAUAAACUGAUUUAGUUAUAGACUUUGAUGUACGGCUCAUGGUUCUUGGUUAUUCUACCUUGUUGAGCAUCUAGUAAUUUUGACUAUGCAAAAUCUUUUUCAUCUAGUAAUAUUCUACUUUGAUUAUA